AAACUCUCCUUUAACUCUGCCUAUAUAUACAAAAAAGCUUUAGUUAGCCCUCUCCUCCUUCUCUGGCGGUAUCAUAAUAAAAAAAAAAAACACCUAGCCGAGAUAAUUCUCCGGCGACUCUGAAAAAAAGUUAAAAGAUUUUCUUGUGAAAAGUUCUCUGUUUGUGGGUUGGUGGAUCGAAAUAGAGAAGAGGAAGAAGGAGUGAAAUCGAUGGUGUUUCCCGGUGAGAUGACGACGACGACGGCGACGAGACCUGAGCAAAGAUCGAAGACUCUUCACAAUUUCCCUUUACCGAACUUAUGGGGGAACCAGAGACACCUCAAGUGCAUGAAGAUCGACUCAAACGGAAACGGCGGCGAUCACCACCGACUAAGACGCCGAUCUCCUCCUUCGAGAUACUCCGAUUCGACCCCGUUUCGAUUCGAUCAUCGCCGGAGCAGAAACGCGGCGUUUAAAUCUGGUGGAGGAAGCGAGGAAGGGAUCGAGGAGUUCAGGGUGAAGCUUAUGUCGGAUCUGAAGACGGUGAGGGAUAAGAUCACACAAUCCAUGUUUAACAAGGACGUAAUCGAAGAGGAGAGGGAAGAUGAAGAAGAAGAAAUCUCCGGUUCCGGUCAAGAGAAGGAUGUCUCUCCGACGGUGAAGCCGUGGAAUCUUAGGAAACGAAGAGCGGCGGCGUGGAAAGAACCGGUUUCCUAUAAGGGAAUCGCGAUUGAGGAGAAGGUGGUAGUGACGCCGUUGUUGAAAGGAGGAGGAGGCGGAGUGGUCGAAGCGGAGACGAUGAAGAAGAUGCGUCCUAAGUUCGCUGUGAAGCUAUCGAAGAAAGAGAUCGAAGAAGAUUUCGUUGGGAUGUUAGGUCACCGACCACCCCGUCGGCCCAAGAAACGGCCCAGAACUGUUCAGAAAAAACUCGAUAGUUUGUUUCCUGGGUUGUAUCUGACUGAAGUGACGCUUGAUGCAUACAAGGUUCCAGAAGAAACCAAGAGAUGAUGAGGAUUGUGUAAUUGAAGUCUCCUGUCAAUAUAUUUGAAUCUGGAGUUUGAGGGUUAAAGAUCUUGGACGCUCCUUCUUCCUUCUUUCUCUUGCUAAUUUUCCUUUUUUUUUUUUUUUUUUUUUUUUUUCUUGAUUAAUUCUUUCUUCCCAAAUUGUUCUGAAAUAAAAAAAAUGUACAAAAUGAAAAGUUAUUAGGUUCCGGUUGAUUAAUACAUAAUAAUAAUGUUUACUUCUUCA